AAAGUCGCAGACAACGAGAAACCAUUUCUUCUUGAGAAUAUUCUUUGGCUUUUGAACUUGAAUUGCUUUAUCAUCAAUGGCGGGAACUAAGAUUGAAAUUUCGGGUCCCAAAUCUUUGUUUUCUAAUGAGUUUCUUUCCAAUUCAACCUCGUUGUUGAAUUCAAGGAAGAGAAGAACAGUGGAAGUGAGGAAGCCGGUGGCCGCGACAGCGGCUUUUACGGCGGUUCAAAUGGUGGCGAAGCUCAUUGAGCUUGAUUCCGUCAAGGUUAUCCCCGAAAGGCCGGUACAAUUCACCGUCUCCGGUCAGGUAACGGUGGAAUACGAUGCGAUGGAACAAAUGAAGGAGUUGAUGUUUAAUUGGUGGGAUUCUUCUAAAACCACCAUUGAUGCUCACAAAGGAGUGUUUCUACAGCUUGUUAGCUCUGAUAUUGACCCAAGGACGGGGAAGGCGAAGGUAAGCAAAGAAGCCAUAUUGGAUUGGUCCAGAGAUCUGCACAUAAACGCCGAUAAAUUCGUCACUCACGAGGUUCAGUUCCUUGUCGACGGGAACUUUGGGGUCCCCGGAGCUAUCCUCGUCACCAACAAGAACUCAAAGGAGUUCUAUUUGAAAUGCAUCACCCUAGAAGGCUUCCUUCAUUUCGACUGCCAAUCUUGGGUUCAACCGGAGAAGCUUCACCCAGAGAAAAGAAUCUUCUUCACCGAUAAAGCAUAUUUGCCACAUGAAACGCCAAUGGGACUGAGAGAGUUGAGAGAGAAAGAACUAAGGGAAUUGAGAGGGAAUGGAGAGGGUGUUAGGGUUUUAUCUGAUAGAAUCUAUGAUUAUGAUGUUUAUAAUGAUUUGGGAAAUCCAGAUAAAGGACUUGAAUUUGCAAGGCCGGUUUUGGGUGGUCAACGUCGACCUUAUCCGAGACGAUGCCGUACUGGUCGUCCUUCCACAAAAUCAGAUCCCAAGUCUGAGUCUUCCGUAAACGAAACGACACCGAUGUACGUACCGAGAGACGAAGCAUUCGUUGACGAGAAAAAACGAUCAGUGGAUGCCGGAAGCUGGAAAGGGAUGAUGAAUAAUCUUUUCCCUUUCUUUAAACAUUCAACUGAAAGUGACUCAGUCAAUUCCUUUGCGGAUAUCAAUAAUCUUUAUAAAGAAUCUCGAAACCAUUCGAAUUUCCCAGUUGAAUCCACAGCCGAUGCUUUCAAAUUCGACCCACCAAACAUCGUCUCCAGGGAUGCUUCGUGUUGUUUACGAGACGAUGAAUUUGGUCGAUUCACACUCGCCGGCAUGAAUCCCAUAAGCAUUGAAAGGCUCAAGGUAUUUCCACCUGUAAGCAAAUUGGAUCCCUCCAUUUAUGGUCCAACUCAGUCAGCUUUGAGAGAAGAACAUCUUAUCUCUCAUCUUGACGGCAUGACCGUACAAAAGGCAAUUGAAAGGAAAAAGCUGUUUACAUUGGAUUAUCAUGAUGCUUUCCUUCCGUUUCUCAACAGUAUAAAUGCUCACCCCGAUCGAAAAGCUUAUGCAACUCGAACGAUUUUCUUCUUGACUCAAAUGGGAACUUUGAAGCCAAUAGCGAUUGAACUUAGCCUGCCGUCUACCAACCCUUUUAAGCCUUCGAAACAAGUGAUUACGCCUCCCGUUGAUGCCACUACGUGCUGGCAAUGGCAAUUAGCUAAAGCCCAUGUUUGCUCCAAUGAUUCUGGAGCUCAUGAAUUGAUUCAACACUGGUUGCGAACUCAUGCAUGCAUGGAACCAUUUAUCAUAGCUGCACGCCGACAUUUAAGUGCAAUGCACCCGAUUCUCAAGCUUCUUCAUCCUCACAUGCGAUAUACAAUGGACAUAAAUGCUAGGGCUCGUGAGCUCCUCAUUAGCGCCGGUGGAAUAAUUGAGUCCCUCUUUUCAACUAAAGAGUGCUCCAUGGAGAUUACUUCUUUUGCUUACAAAAACUGGCGCUUCGACAUGGAGUCCCUUCCUGCAGAUCUUAUUCGAAGAGGGGUUGCAGAACUGGACCCAACUGAGCCGCAUGGCAUAAAACUGCUUAUAGAAGACUACCCAUAUGCCAACGAUGGGUUACUUAUAUGGUCAGCCAUUGAGAGACUGGUUAAGGACUACGUCAACUAUUACUACCCUGAUUCAAAUAGUAUCCGAUCUGACCCGGAACUCAACACUUGGUAUUAUGAGUCCAUUAACGUAGGCCACGCCGAUCACCGCCAUGAAAGCUGGUGGCCCAACCUCUCAACACCAAACGAUCUCGUCUCGAUUCUAACAACUCUCAUCUGGAUUUCAUCGGCAAAACAUGCCGCUCUAAACUUCGGACAGUACCAUUACGGCGGAUAUGUCCCCGUACGCCCCUCAUACAUGCGGCGGCUGAUCCCGAACGAGGAUGACCCAGAGUACCAAAAUUUCAUUUCUGAUCCCGAAAGGUAUUUCUUGUCAUCGUUGCCGAGGUUACGAGAGAUGGCAUUCUUGAUGUCAAUGCUCGAAAUUUUAUCCACACAUUCAGAAGAUGAAGAGUAUUUAGGGGAUCGGAAGGAGCUUUCAACGUGGAGAGGGGCCCCAGAGAUCAUUGAAGCAUUUUACAGGUUUUCGAUGGAGAUGAAGGCUAUUGAGAAGGAGAUUGAGAAGAGAAAUAGCGAUACAAAGCUUAGAAAUCGAUGUGGGGCUGGGGUUUCACCUUAUCAACUAAUGGUGCCAUCUUCGGAACCUGGAGUUUCUUGCAGGGGAGUGCCUAACAGCAUUUCCAUUUGAAAAUUGGGAAAUUCUAAACCUUCAAUUUUUUAUUUGGAGCCAACCAAUACAAAAGCUAAGGUUGAAAUAUAGCUUUGUAUUUCAGUUGUGCUUAUCUAUAAAUGUAAAUCAUGAAAUUGUAUAUCAUAUAAUUAUUUAAUAAUGAUUUUUAAAAA